AUGGUGAUCCAACAGGUGGGCAGCAGGAGGCAAGUGGCAGCUGAGCUGUUUGAAAGGAGAAGGGGUAGUCGCUGUGAGGACAAGAAACAGACACUGUUGGCGUUGCUGAUCUUGGUGCUGUACAUGGGUACAGGAAUAUCAGGAAGAAGUUGGGAGGUAUCAGGAAGGAUCAGAGAAUGUAACUAUCCCCAGAAUCCUGCGGCUUCCCAGGGACUUAAAUACCAGACCAAUGAAUCCGCAGAAGAGCCAAUAAAGGUCAUGAGGACCUGGCUGAAGGAAAAUUUGCACGUUUUCUUGGAGAAGCUAGAGAAAGAGGUGCGAGAGCUGGAGCAGCUGGUCCAGGACCUGGAGGAGUGGUUAGAUGCUCUUCUGGGAGAGGGGCACCUGGAGGAUCCCUGUUCCAACUUCAAAAAUCACCUGUGA